AUGGCUUCCCCAAAGAUGAGUUUGAAGCUUCUUGUGGACGUAAAAGGCUCAAGAGUGUUAUUUGCAGAAGUACCAAAAGAGUUUGUGGAUUUCCUCUUCCAUAUCUUCUCUUUGCCUUUGGGCACCCUCAUCGAGUCCCUUGGAUCCAACCAGAUGGUUGGUUGCUUAGGAAAACUAAAAGAGAGCAUAGAUAGCAUCAAAGUGGAAGAUGAAUUCAACCCCAUAACAGCUUUCAAUGGUGACAUAUUUCAGUUGUGCUUUUAUCAUGCUUCUCCUAAAAAACAAUCUGUCUACAGAUGUGCCAAUGCAGCAAAGAAGGUUUAUAAUGAUGAUUAUGAUUAUAAUUUUAAUUUUAAAUAUGGUAGUAACAAGGCUUGCCAGUCAAACGUGACACUGUAUGUGAAUUCCAUAUGUCCCAAUUGCAUUGGUUCUAUGAAUGUUCCGAUGACAGUCGUAAUGCCAGAGGUGGCGGAAACAAAUGAGAGAAAGAAGGCAAGGUAUGAAAAGGAAGCGGUGAGUUAUGUGGUGAUGGAUAAUUUAGAAGUGAAACCAAUUAUGUCGACCGUUUCUACUAUUUCUAGCAUUACUCUCAUCAGUAAGUUUGGUGUCAAGGAUCUGAGUCAGCUUGAGGAGAAGACGGUUACUUUUGGAAAAGAUGAGGGUUUGAAGCUGUUAAUGGCAUCUCUCAAGACAGAUAAAGUGCUGACUUCUAUCUUUUUGGAUUAG